AUGUCAUCGCUAACGGCGGAGGAGGACCAGAAGUGGGUACCAACACACGUUCAGGUGACGGUGCUGAGGGGCAGGGGCUUACGAGGCAAGGGCAAGCACGGCACCAGCGAUGUGUACACCAUCAUCCAGCUGGGGAAGGAGAAAUACUCCACAGGCGUGGCGGAGAAGACCACCGAGCCCGAGUGGCGCGAGGAGUGCUCGUUCGAGCUGCAGCCCGGGGGGCUGCUGGAGGGCGGACACCCGGCCGGGACCACCGAGCUGGUCCUGAUGGUCAUGCACCGGGCGCUCAUAGGGCUGGACGUGUUUCUGGGUCAGGCUGUGAUCCAGCUGGAUAAAGUUUUUCAGGAAAGCAGAUGCGUAAAAAACGAGUGGUACAGGCUUAACUCCAAGACUGGAAAAAAGGAGAAAGAGAGAGGAGACAUCCAAGUCACCAUCCAGUUCACCCAAAACAACCUGACUGCCAGCAUGUAUGACCUCAUCAUGAAGGACAAGGGAGCCUCUACCUUCAGCAAGUUGAAAGAGCGCAUGAGGGGGAAGAGGAGAUCCAGUGAAGAUGACUCCUCUUCAUCUGUCCUCCAAACUGGACAUGGCUCUCUAUACCGCAUGCGCCAAAGACUGCCAAGUGAUGGAGGAGGAGAGGAAGAUUACGAGGAUGACGAGGGGGGUGAAGUUCGGCGGAGUAAGAUGAGGACCUUCUUUCUUAGGGGAAAGUUGCGGAAAUCUUCAGACACUCGCUCAAGUACGUCUCUGGGCUCGGAGAGCAGUGAGUCAUCAUCACGAGGUGGAAGCCUCAGCCCCACAGCUGGGAUCAGCGUGGUGGUGUCUGACCUCUCCAACUCCCCCAGCAACAGCAGCAACUUCACCGCAGACAACAGUCCAGAGCACACGACCAACACGUCGCCCCAAUCAUCCUCUUUGAAAUGUGAGUUUGGUCACGAGGCUGGUGAAGUCACCAUCACAGUACAUCAGCCUGCUUUUUGCAUUAAUGGAAGCCAUGCUGACAACAUCCAGUUCCAAGACCGAGGCUUAGGAAACCCUGCGGGUUCUUUAGGCCUGGGAUUGUUGCAGAAGUCUUUGCCCCUCUCUGUCUCUUUACAGAACCUAGGCACCUCGCCUCACAACCUCCCUAAAGGCCUUGUGGGAGACGGGCGGCGCUGGUCGUUUGACAGGCCUGACAAGGAGGAAAAAGCUGCUAUAGCAGCAGCCCUGGAGAAAAGUGGCUCCAUGCAGGGUGAGAAAGAGGAGCGGCUGGAACUGAAAGCUGCCUACAUGUCUUCUACUUCAAAGGAGGAGUCAGAGAGUCUGGGGAGAAAGCAGAGGAAGAACUUGUUCUCACAUGGGCGGAGUGAAUCAGGAGGGAAGGGUCCGAGUCAGUGGAAGGACGAGUCUGAACAGGUCUGUGCUGCCUCUCAGGAGAAGCACAAGGGCUGGUUUGGAUCAAAAGACCCGCACAGCAAACCCAGCCCCCACCUUGUGAAGCCCCUGAAUACUGCCACGCAUACUGAGGAGAAGCGGUCAGUGCUGGCCACCAGCCUGGAGAAGCUCAAGUCCACCAUCCACCCUGGAAGGGGCAGCCAGAUCACCGACCAGGAGACAGACAGGAGAAAGUCUUUGACAGAAGGAGCAGGCUCGUACUAUCACCUGACUCACAGCGAGCUGAUCGCCCUGCUGGUCCAACGCGAGGUUGAGCUGGAAAGGCAGAAGGUGGAGUUUGAUCGUCAGAAACUGUUGUUGGCAAAGAGGGAGGUAGAGCUGAAGAAGCUGAAACCACAGGUCAAAGACCUCGAGGACUACAUUGACACGCUGCUGGUGCGCAUCAUGGAGCAGAAGCCAACACUUCUGCAAGUGCGCCCCAAGUUCAAGUGAAACC